AUGGCCGAAGCACUGUUGCUGGAGGAGAUCAAGGCCUCUCUUGCAACUCAUGCUCGGUCCGCAACAUUCACGUGCGGCGGUAGCAUUCCCAUUGAGCCCGCUACCACAUACACAGACCAUCCAAGUUCCUCCGGUCCAAUUCAAGUCCGCUUCGGCAGUAACGGUGUCGGACGCACAUUGAGCGUUCCCGGAUCGAAGGUCAUCUCACAGGAAUUCCGAGAGCUUCUUCGUGUCUCGCAGCCCGCCACAUUCGCUCGUGCCGGCGAAGAAGUCCUUGACGAGGAAUAUCGCAAGGCGGGAAAGUUGGAUCGUGGUGCCUUCGCCACCGAUUUCUGUCCUUACACUCUCGGAAUCAUCGAUACGCUCAGUCAGAUCCUUCUUCCUCAGACCAAACAGUCCAAGCACGACCGAAGCAUCCGUGCCGAGCUGUACAAAUUUAACGUAUACAGCGGUCCCAGUGGCAAGUUCAAGCCGCAUGUAGAUACACCACGCAGCGAGUUUCAGCUGGGAAGCUUGGUGGUCUCACUCCCGUUCGAUCACGAAGGCGGUCAGCUCGCUGUCCGCAACGCCGGCAGCGAAGUUUUAUUUGACUGGUCCAAGUCUGCCAACCGCGGCGAUGCCGGACCAUGCAUCAAGUGGGCAGCCUUCUACAGUGACUGCGAGCACGAAGUCCACCAGGUCACUGCCGGCCAUCGCAUCACACUGACGUACAACUUACAGCUCUCCAGGAGCCGACAUUCUUCCGCAAAGGCCGCUCACACCAGCAACUACAACAACUUCUUGCCGGAUGCGCUGAAGGGUGCGGACAUGUCGUUGUACGAGACCGCGGUUGCUCUCGGACUUCAGUGCAAGCUUGUGCCGGUCAUUCCAGAUGGCCAUUACGGCUAUGACGGCAAGCGCGACGCAUUUGAGCAGACAUUCGGACCUUUCGAGAGUGGCGAGAUUCAUGAGUGUGAUGAUUCGGAGAUGUGGGGUCAGCCACUGCCUGAUUCGAAUUUGACCUGGAUCAAUCCCAUGAAGAAGGAUCUGAAGGAGGUGCAAGCGGCAUACGUCGUGUUCGGCAAUGAGCUCGGCAAUCUCGACGUCAAGUACUCGCACGCCGUCAUGCUUAUUCGUAUUCCUCGUUUCCGCCACAGAGGUCUGCCAAAUGACGAGACGAAGAGCUUCUGGAAGGGAGAGGAUAUGCCGGAUCCGGAUGAGUACGCAGAGGGUCCGGACGACUAUGAUUCGGAGAUGGAGGAGUAUGAAGACGAUGAGGAGUCGGAGAGCUCCGUGGACACGUGA